AUGUCUAUGUGGAUAUGGCACCCCGAAUGGACAGAGCAGUCAACGGACUCGGCUGGAGCAUUUGUUCACUUUCGCAAGAGAUUCACCCUGACGGAGAGCCUCUCAAAGCCAGUACACAUUCACAUCACCGCCGACACGAAAUAUAAACUCUAUGUAAAUUCCGAAUUUGUAUCUGUCGGUCCCGUGAAAGGGGACCAGCAUCUCUGGUUUUAUGACGAGCUAGACAUUCAACCUUACUUGAGAUUGGGUGUCAACACCAUCAAUGUUAGAGUGCUGCGAUUGUACCAUGCCACGGCACACGCAACCAGUUUUCCACGAUUACAUGUGCCAGGUCUUCUCCUCCGCAACGCCUGCUCAGAUUUGGAUCUGGCCAUCAAUGUCCAGACCGACGACAGCUGGGAAACGGCUCUUGAUGAAUCAACCAUCCUACCCACAGACAUUUCAGAGGACGCAUUCUUACAUGUCUACGAGAAAGUCGGUCAUAUGACCCAACCAAACUGGGUCCCGGCCAAACCUUUAGUCUUUCCCACCUCCCACGGUCUUUCAGCCCCAUGGAAACUUUCUCCUCGACUGAUACCAUUUCCUCAAUAUGAGUCAGUGACAUUCAAGUCGAUUCACAAGAUUGAAAGCAACCGGUCUCGAGCAGACUGGGAACAAGCUUUACUCGGUUCAGAUGAUACCAUUUCCGAGGGAAUUCUUCUUCCAGCUGGAAGUCGGCAUCAUCUAGAACUGGAACUUGAGAACCAUACCACUGCACUGCUUUACUUUCGUUUCAAGUGGCCUGAACAUGCCGGUAGUAUGAUGAAAGUGACCUACUCCGAGUGCUAUGAAGACGAACCCGAGACUGUCCCGUGGGUUAGAAGGAAGGGCGACCGCCGUGAUACCAGGAAGAAACUCGUCGGACCAACAGACGAGUAUACGAUCCCUGGGAUCGCCGAACAAAAGCUCGGGGGCACACUGAGCUACAACUCAAACUAUUCUGAUGAGGAUGUCUUUGCACCGUUUCACUUUCGCACAUUUCGAUUCCUGGCAUUGGACAUCAGUGUAUCAGAGCUAUCAGAUCUCACCAUGAAGCGCAUCGACAUAACUACGACCAAAUACCCCCUGCAUGUGCUUGCAGAUUUUGACGUUUUAUCCGUUGAUAAUGUCUACCGGAAAAUGUGGACGACAAGCAUUCGAACCCUCUCAAAUUGCAUGCAUGAUUGUUAUGAGGAUUGUCCUUUCUAUGAGCAACUUCAAUAUGCAAUGGACACCAGGAGCUCGUCCCUUUUCACAUACUGUUGCUCAGGCGAUGAUCGCCUAGCACGCCAAGCAAUCAUCCAACUUCACAACUCAUACUCGCCAGAAGUUGGACUCACAGCAAGCCGCGCGCCAGCUCACCAACUUCAGCUAAUUCCUCAUUUCUCCCUGUUUUGGAUCUGCAUGAUAAGCGAUCAUUUCGAAUACUUCAAUGACGCCGAAUUUGUUCGUCAGUUCUUGCCCGUGUGCGACGGCGUGUUGGAGUCGUUUGCUCGUCGAAUCGACCCUACGCUCGGCCUGAUUCGUAUGUCUGAUAGCUUACUGCAAUGGGACUUUGUGGAUUGGGCGGACUCAUGGAAGCCACUCGGAAUUCCACCAGCGGCUGAAAGGUCUGGCUUUGCAUCGUAUACCAACAUGUUGUAUUCAUACACCCUGAAGCGGAUAUCAACAGUUUUGCUUUCUGCGGGUCGCCCAGGAGUUGCUAGUGAAUACCAAAUGCGAGCCAAUGCAACACAGCUUGCGCUGAAGGCCCACUGCUUUGAUGGUCACUUCUUCACAGACGGAUUAGCCUCAGAGGCAGCUGGUGACAAUAAUUAUAGCCAGCACGGUCAGGUUUGGGCGGUGCUAUCCGGUGCCGCUACAGGCGAUUUGGCUUAUGAUAUCAUCUCCGAAUGCACUGCAGUGUCUGGUGCUAGGGAUUUUACACCAGCGUCAACAGCCAUGUCCUUUUAUGCGCUUCGUGCUAUGUCAAUGGUCGGAGGUAGUCUUUAUGACGAACGCUUCCACCAAUUUUGGGGGCCAUGGAAAACCCAGUUGUCGCAGAACCUUAACACCUGGUUGGAAGAUACAGUCUUCCAACGAUCGGAUUGUCAUGCAUGGGGAAGCUCGCCGAUAUACGAGUUCAUGACUGAGGUUGCUGGUGUUCGAAUGGGUACACCAGGAUGGAGGAAUAUGACCUUCCAUCCACGGGUUGGUUUGUUCCCGACACUCAAUGCCACAGUUCCCUUUGGGGCCUAUGGCUCAUCUGGCAUUGCACAUGUUCAUUGGAAACGCGAGGGAGAUACUAUCAAAGUUUCAUUAUCAUUGAAAAUGGACAACGGGGAGGCUGCAAACUUGCCCAUUCGAGUGGUCUUUCCAGAUGGACAUGACGAGAUGAUGGAUGGUGGUGAAGAUAUUCACCUAACUUUGAAUGCCAAAUGA